AUGGAUUCUUCUAUUGGUGGUAGUCGUCAUGGUGGGAAGAGAUCGGGUUCUGGAAGACCUACAAUACAACAGGAGAAAAUACGGAAAACUGAAAAUCAAGCUGCAGGAUCACGUACACAAUGGACUGCGUAUGAAGCUGGUCAACAUCUAAUAGGAUUACGUUCUGAAUUAUUGAAUCGAAAAGGAGGAUCAUAUAGUAUUGAAGAAAAUAAAAUUGCAUUAUUAUUUGUACUUGAUUUGAAUCUCGUGGAUAAACGCUAA